UUGGAUUCCUAGCCUUAUUAGACGCCUACUUCAGGUUGUAGAACUGUUUUCCCAUGUGAUGCAGGUCGUUUGCAAAGGCUUGAGACAAGUGGAUGGUGAGCGUUAAGCGAAGGUGGUAGCCUACGUCGGAAUCCAGAGGCUGCAGUCCCCGUAUGCAAAGGACAUCCUAAAAAAGGAAACCCAAAAUGGUCCUUACAAAACACACCAGAGUUCUGACUCUGAAUGACAUGGAGCGGCUGGAGAGGACCCUAUUCCGUCUGGAGCAAGGCUUUGAGCUCCAGUUCAGACUGGGCCCCACGCUGCAGGGCAAGCAUGUACGGGUCUACACCAACUACCCUCCAGAGGGGCAGAAGUUUGAUCGUUUGAAGUUCCAUGCCCUAGACUGGAUCAACCCAACAGGACGUGAGGACGAUUCAGACAAGUUUUGCAAGCUCGACCUGGAGGUAGCGGGCUCCUACCAGUACUACUUCAGCCAUGGAGGACAUGAGGAGAAGACUGGCAGUGGUUUCAUUGUGGUGGAUCCUGUGCUGCGCGUGGGCCCAGACAGACAGGUGGUUCCCCUCGACUGCAUCACCAUCCAGACAUACCUGUCCAAAUGCCUGGGCCCUCUGGACGAGUGGCUAGACAGACUGCGUGUGGCGAAGGAAGCUGGAUACAACAUGAUUCACUUCACACCUCUCCAGGUGCUGGGUCUGUCACGCUCGUGCUACUCCCUGGCUGAUCAGCUGGAGCUGAACCCUGAUUUCUCUCCACCGGGGAAGAAGUACACCUGGGCCGACGUGGGCAACCUGGUGACCAAGCUGAAGACCGAGUGGAAUAUGAUUUGCAUCACGGACGUGGUAUACAAUCACACAGCUGCCAACAGCAAAUGGAUCCGUCUGCAUCCAGAGUGCGGCUACAACCUGGUGAACUCUCCACACCUGAAGCCCGCAUGGGUGCUGGACCGCGCCCUCUGGCACCUCACCUGCGACAUCGCAGACGGGAAGUACAAGAACAUGCCCGCGCUCAUCACCAGCGAAGCGCAGCUCGGCACAUUGCGCAAUAUCAUUUGGAAGGAUGUAUUUCCUCGGGUCAAGCUGUGGGAGUUCUUCCAGGUGAAUGUGGACAAAGCUGUGGAACAGUUUAAAAAGCUGCUGAUGUCAGGCAACAAACCGGCCAACAGUGGUACAGAAGGCAAGUCAAAGCUUCGAAUCAUUCAGGACCCCCAGCAUAGACGCUUUGGCAACACUGUGGACCUGAACACAGCACUGGAGCACUUUGCUCAGAAUGGAAAUGAUGUUGUGGACUGCUGCAAUAGAUUACGUAAGAAACUGGAGGAGAUCAACAAGGAGUUUUUGGAGGAGAUGCACCGCCAUCAGGAACAGGCCACCAACUGCAUGAUGGGAAGUAUAACUUAUGAUCGUCUUGCUGGUCACGGGCCUAAACUGGGGGCUGUUACUAGGAAGGAUCCUUUAUUAACAAGGUACUUCACCUUCCCAUUUGAGGAGAUGUCCUUGGAACAGGAAAUGAAGAUGAUUCACCAGGAAGAUCAAGCUUGUCACUUCCUGGCUCACAACGGAUGGGUGAUGGGAGAUGACCCUCUCAGGAACUUUGCUGAGCCAGGCUCUAAUGUGUACCUGAGGAGGGAGCUGGUGUGCUGGGGGGACAGCGUGAAGUUGAGGUACGGCGAGAAGCCGGAGGACUGCCCUUACCUGUGGGCUCACAUGAGCAAGUACACCGAGAUCACCGCCAAACACUUCGCCGGGGUUCGUCUGGAUAACUGUCACUCGACACCACUUCAUGUGGCUGAGGCCAUGCUAGCUCGAGCCAGGAGAGUCAGACCCAAUCUCUAUGUGAUAGCUGAACUCUUUACUGGUAGUGAGCAGCUUGACAAUCUGUUUGUGAAUCGGCUGGGGAUUACCAGCCUGAUCAGAGAGGCCAUGAGUGCUGGCGACAGCCAUGAGGAGGGCCGCCUGGUCUACCGCUAUGGGGGCGAGCCGGUGGGUUCCUUCGUGCAGCCUACCCUUAGGCCGCUGAUGCCCACCAUCGCCCAUGCCAUGUUCCUGGACGUCACCCACGACAACGAGUGUCCCAUUCAGCUCCGCUCGGUUUACGACUCGCUCCCCAGCUCUGCCAUCGUCUCCAUGGCCUGCUGUGCCACAGGCAGCACUAGAGGAUAUGACGAGCUGGUGCCACACCAGAUCUCAGUAGUGUCGGAGGAGCGCUUCUACCCCAAAUGGAACCCAGAUGCAAAACCUGACACUCCUGGACAGACCAACCUUCAGACGGGAAUCAUAGCGGGCAAACUGGCCCUCAACAAGCUGCAUCAGGAGCUGGCUGCCAAAGGCUUCAAUCAGGUGUAUGUAGACCAGGUGGAUGUGGACAUUGUGGCCGUCACGAGACACUGUUCCAGCACACACCAGUCCGUGGUGGCCGUGUCUCGCACCGCCUUCAAGGACCCCAAGACACAUCACUACAGCAACGAGGUGCCGUCCAUGUGCAUCCCAGGGCAAAUUGAGGAGGUGGUUCUGGAGGCUCGUACCAUGCCGCGGAGCGCUGAGCCAUACGCUAAAGAUGGGAAGAGCAUCAAUGGCUUGCCUAACUACACCGUGGAGAUCACAGAGCACAUCCAGUUGAAGGAAAGCAAGAUUGUGAGGCAGGCAGAUGUGACGUCCAAGGGCCACAGUGAGUUUGUGCAGGAGAUUGUCUUUGAGCACCUCACCCCAGGAAGUGUCAUCGUGUUCAGGGUGAGUUUGGACCCCAAGUCCCAGGAGACGGUGGGGCUUCUGCGUGGUCACCUAGCCCAGUUCAGUCGGCAAUACAAAGCUGGCAGCCUGACUGACCCUCAGGGCCCCGGCAUCCUGAAGAUUGACCUGGAGUAUUUGAUGUCUAAACUGAGCCUGGCUGACCUGAACACGCUGUUGUUCUGCUGCGAUGCCGAGGAGAAGGAGAAUGGUGGAGGUGUUUACAACAUUCCUUCCUGGAUACCCCUGAAGUAUGCUGGCCUGCAAGGUUUAAUUUCUGUGAUGGCGGACAUUCGUCCUAAAAACGAUCUGGGACAUCCGUUCUGUGACAACCUGCGUCAGGGUGACUGGAUGAUCGAAUAUGUGAGCAACCGCCUGAUCAAGAGAGAAGGACCACUGAGAGAGGUGGGCAAAUGGUUCGAGGCCAUUUUUGGUUACCUGAAACACAUUCCCCGCUAUCUGGUGCCACGCUACUUUGAUGCCAUUAUUGUAGGGGCCUACACUGCAGCUCUGGACUCCGUCUUCAAACAGAUGUCAAGCUUCGUGCAGAAUGGUUCCACGCUGGUGAAGCAGCUGUCCCUGGGCUCGGUGCAGAUGUGUGGGGUGGGACGCUUCCCUGCUCUGCCCCCUGUGUCUCCAGCGCUGGAGGAUGUUCCUGUCCGCAUCAACCCCAACACCAAGAAGGAGGAGCAGUGCUGUGUGUCCCUUGCAGCAGGUUUGCCUCAUUUCGCCUCCGGAAUCUUCCGUUGCUGGGGGCGGGACACUUUCAUUGCCCUGCGAGGACUCAUGCUGGUCACUGGGCGCCACCUAGAGGCUAGGAACAUCAUUCUGGCGUUUGCUGGCACCCUGCGCCACGGGCUGAUCCCCAACCUGCUGGGCGAGGGAGUGGGAGCGCGCUUCAACUGCCGUGACGCCGUGUGGUGGUGGCUCCAGUGCAUCCAGGACUACUGCACCCUGGUGCCCGAGGGCGUCAACAUCCUCACGUGCCCCGUGUCGCGCAUGUACCCAACCGACGACUCCCCGCCCCAGCCUGCAGGGACUAAGGACCAGCCCCUGUAUGAGGUCAUCCAUGAGGCACUGCAGCGCCACAUGCAGGGGAUCGAGUUCCGGGAGAGGAACGCUGGUCCUCAAAUCGACCGCAACAUGAGAGACGAAGGAUUUAAUGUCGUGGCCAAAGUGAACUCAGACACUGGAUUUGUGUAUGGUGGGAAUAGAUUUAAUUGCGGGACAUGGAUGGACAAAAUGGGAGAGAGUGACAAAGCCCGCAAUACAGGCAUGCCAGCCACUCCCAGGGAUGGAUCAGCAGUGGAGAUUGUUGGCCUCAGCAAGUCCACCGUGCGCUGGGUGGUGGAGCUGCACAAGGCUGGCCUCUUCCCUUACUCCUCCGUCACCAUCACCAGGGAUGGGAAAGAGAUGUCUGUGUCCUAUGAGGAGUGGAACAGAAAGAUCCAGGAAAACUUUGAAAAGAUGUUCUAUGUGUCCAAUGACCCUAAAGACCCCAACGAGAAGCACCCAGAGCUGGUGCACAAGAGAGGCAUAUACAAGGACAGCUACGGGGCCUCCAGUCCAUGGUGUGACUACCAGCUCAGGCCCAACUUCACGAUUGCCAUGACAGUGGCUCCUGAGUUGUUUAGUGUGAAGAGAGCUUGGGAGGCUUUAGAAGUGGCUGAGAAGAAGCUUUUGGGUCCUUUGGGAAUGAAGACUCUGGAUCCUGAUGACAUGGUGUAUUGCGGUGUAUAUGACAAUGCCCUGGACAAUGACAAUUACAAUUUGGCUAGAGGUUUCAACUACCAUCAAGGACCAGAAUGGCUUUGGCCUGUUGGUUAUUUCCUCCGUGCUAAACUGUACUUUGCAAAGAAGCUGGGCAAGGAAGCCCACGACAAGACAGUGUAUCUAGUGAAGAAUGUACUGUCUCGGCAUUACGUCCACUUGGAAAGAUCUCCCUGGAAGGGUCUGCCAGAACUGACCAAUGAGAAUGGACAGUACUGUCCUUUCAGUUGUGAAACCCAGGCCUGGUCCAUUGCCACCAUCCUGGAGGUUCUCCAUGAUCUGUGAAAAGAGGGCCUAACCUCCCUUAUUAUAUGCAUCCCACCUACUGCACCCUUAGGGGUCUGUCAGCACAUUCUCACCGUCCUACUGUUUGUUUACCUAACUGUCUACCACAGUGUUUUCCCUGAGCUGCUUGUCAUAGUCUUCCAGUGUUAAAAACACGUGUGUGGUGUUAUUUCUGUAGAGCAAAUGGUUUUGUGCACAUCCGUAAUGAGUAAGGGAUGAUCCACACACCACUGCUCAUCCAUAACAUGUAGAGAUGUUGCCUACAUCAUUGUGUAGACUACAAGAGUGCUGUUUCCUUGUGCCCAAGGGCUAUAGCUCCAAAAGUAUACCGUAAACUCCUCAGAAGUAUCACUCUUAUUGUAGAACGACACUUUCAAAAUGAUUUUCCAUCACAAGAACCUGUUAGUCCUUAAACUACAUGAGCUGUGUCUGCCUGUGUCUGUGUGUUCCUCGUGCCUGGAUAUUUUUAAUGUUCCUACAGAUCACCAGCACCUUUUAAUUUAAAAAAUAAAUAAAUAAAGAUUAAUGAACUAAGAGCA